AUGAUCUUCAAGCCAUUUCACGAGGCUGUUGGUGAAGGACAUGUUGAAGGUCAUUCAAUAUGGCCGCCGUCAAGGUCAUCCAAUAUGGCCGCCGUCAAGGUCAUCCAAUAUGGCCGCCGUCAAGGUCAUCCAAUAUGGCCAAUGUCAAGGUCAUCCAAUAUGGCCAAUGUCAAGGUCAUCCAAUAUGGCCGCCGUCAAGGAGGUCGUGGAGGCCCGGCGCGGGAGUUCACCAUUCACAGUAUCAUCACCCCACGCCUCUCCCACGCCAGGACCAAGCGAGACAUUACCACCACUGCCAACAAGGAUGGUCACGUUCACGACAUCACUCUAGGGAUCAACAUGGGUGAGGAAGACGUAUUAGUAGAUUUACAAUUAAACAGAGACUUGUUAAGGAAAGAUUAUUUUGAAAAGUAUUAUCAUAAUGGUUCUCAAUAUGUGCACCGACCAGAGGCAGAGAGGUCUGGCAUGUGUCAUUAUCAGGGAGUCAUACGAGGUCGUCCAGGGUCAUGGGCAGCUCUGUCCACCUGCCAUGGCAUCAGUGGUGUUGUGUUCGAUGGUCAAGAAAUGCAUUAUUUAGAGCGGGUACCAGAGACGCCCGCAGCCAUAGACAGUCCACAUUAUGUCUUCAAGCACUCCAAUAUCAUCCCGCAGAACUUUUCGUGCGGCUACUCAGGGAAACCUCACCCAGUUCGGGACCUGUUUCAUGAUGAGACAUUCACUAGAUUGCUCAGAUAUAAGCGCAGCAGCAGUAGUAGCAGCAGCAGUAGCAGCAGCAGCAGCAGCAGCAGCAGCGGCAGCAGCAGCAGCAGCAACAAUAUUCGUGGUCCAUUCAAUGCAAAUCCACUAUCAAGAUAUGUGGAAUUGGUGCUGGUAGCUGACAAAACAGAAUAUGAAAAACACGGCCAUGAAGUGGCAAAAUUAUAUCAACGUUGCAAAGACAUUGCCAACAUAGUGAAUGCUCUAUAUCAACCUCUCAACAUUUUUAUUGCACUUGUUGGUGUGGAAGUGUGGAAAGAUGAAGAUCAAGUAGAAAUAUCAACCGAUGGGGACAAGACAUUGACAAACUUUUUAAAUUAUAGAAAAGUAAGACUUAUUACAGAACAUCCGAAUGACAACGCUCAGUUACUCACGGGAAAGCAGUUCGAUGCUGGGGUAGUAGGUAAGGCUUUAAAAGGUCCAAUAUGUACUUAUCAAUAUUCUGGGGGAGUGAACAUGGAUCACAGUGAUACAGUGGGGUUGGUGGCCACUACAGUAGCUCAUGAAAUGGGACACAACUUUGGGAUGGAACAUGACAAUGAAGAAGAGUGCGAAUGCCUCGAUAAGCGAUGCAUCAUGGCUCCAUCCUCAGGCUCAAAGAGUCCAACUCACUGGAGCAGUUGCAGUUAUGAGUAUUUGGCUCUGUCCUUUGAGCGUUCUAUGGAUUAUUGCCUAAGGAAUAAGCCGACUAGUCUGUUUGACUCACCGGUGUGUGGCAAUGGUUUUGUAGAACCUGGGGAGCAAUGUGACUGUGGACUGCCAGAUUACUGCACCAACGCCUGCUGCAAUGCCUCAACUUGUAUGCUUUACUCCAAUGCUACAUGCGCUACAGGACACUGCUGUGACUUAAAGACUUGUCGACCAAGGUUAGCUGGUGUGCCAUGCCGUCCAUCCGUCCACGAGUGUGAUCUUCCCGAGUACUGUACCGGGGACUCAGAAUACUGCCCAGAAGAUGUGUUUAAGUCUGAUGGUCAUGAAUGCUUAAAAGGAAAGGCCUUCUGUCACUCUGGUAUGUGUCGCACACAUGGCGAACAAUGUAAACUUCUUUGGGGUCCCACUGGCCAGAGCUCUGAUGAUCGUUGUUACAUGAUGAACACACAGGGCAGCCAUAAUGGAAACUGUGGAUACAACUGGGUUAAUGAUACUUACUAUAAAUGCAGCAAUGGUGACGUUAAAUGUGGGAUGCUGCAUUGUAUGCACCUGAAUGAACGGCUGGAAUUUGGAAUGGAGAGCGUAAGCAAGGUGUCUCACAGUUUCCUCAAGAGUAAGAAAGGUGUUAUCCCAUGUCGUGUAGCCCUAGUAGAUAUGGGUCUAGAUAUGGUGGAUCCUGGUCUAGCUCCAGAUGGAGCUAAGUGUGGUCGAGGCAAGAUGUGUAUUAACCAACGAUGUAUGCCAGUGGCUGCCCUGAAGAUGUCCACCUGUGACUGUCAUGGCAAUGGAGUGUGUAACAACAAUGGUCACUGUCAUUGUGCUGUGGGGUUUGCACCACCAGAUUGCCUCUAUCCUGGUUUGGGAGGCUCUGAAGACAGUGGGCCUGCAUCAAACCCACAUGCAACGAACACAUUUGUUGUGGGGAUGUUUGUGUUCUUCCUGGGAAUCGUGCCUGUAGUGGUGAUGGUGUUCUGUCUGGUGUAUUAUGCCCGGGGCAACCUCAGGCUCUGGUGGAAGACAAAAGGCAGACCUGCUACUUCCAAGUUACCACAUGUGGAUCCAGGAAAACGAGCUAAUCGUCCCCCAGGCUCACUUUGUGUGGAAGUUGCCGGAAUAGGGCGACAGAUAGAUAACAGCAGCCCUGGGGGAGUAACCACUCCCCGCUCCCCAACACCACCAUCAUCACAGGGAUCCAAAAGUAACAGCCCAUUACUUAAUGGACAUGCAAAGUCGAUCACAACUGGAGUUAUGUCAAACAAACCACACUCAUUUGCUGGUGCCUUCUUUGGAAAGGGUGAAGGCUUUACAAUUUCUCCUCUAAAAGAGAAAUCUCCUCCAGGUUCUAAGAUUGUCAAGCCAUCAGCACCACCUCUUCCUCCUCCACCAGUGACUGCCACACCUGCAUCAUCAGCUAGUGUCCCCACAACUCCUUCAAGUGUGACAAUUACAAGUGCUUCCAAUGGAAACCCCAACAUUCCUUUAGGUUAUGGAUGGCAAAUUAAACUUGCCAACAACCAAUUAAGUCAAACUGGAGCACCCAGUGUCACAACAAGUGAUGGAUCUGGGAUUAAGAUGAGCAUCAGUGGUCCAAGUUUACAAGGCUCUACCAACCCAGCAAUUGCUCCCCAUCUGUCCAAGCCUGUAGUAAUCAACAGAGUAGCACCACCACCCCCUCCACCACCUGUAGAACCUACACAGUCCACUUACAUACCACCUGUUACUGUUAUUACACCUUAUCGAAAGACUCCCAAUUUGGCAACCAGACCCCUUUCGGUGCCAGAUGCAUCCAUACUUAUAGCUCAGGCAAGUAAUCAUGGAGAACACCAAGAUGAAAGCAAUGAAAUAAAACGCCAGGAGGGAGAUAAACAGUCAACAGUAGCCAGAAUUGCUUCUUUUCUUACCAAAAAAGAUAAGCAGGGACCAGAAAGUAAUGAAGUAGAUAUUGAAGCAGGACGUUCAAAUACCCUGCCCAGAAAAGCAGCAAAGAUCAAACGUGAAAGUCUUGUGCAGCUAGAAAUCUCUGCUCCAAUGCAGCUUCAUGCUACAGAGCUUCCUGCAAACUUAGUUCCUGUUAGAACAGCUCCUGACCCUCCAAUGCCCAGUAAUGUAAAACCAAGCCAGGUUAAAGCAGCUCAAGAAGAAAUUAGCAAACCAAGCAAGGUAUCAUGGGCUCCAUCCGUCCCAGAAGAUAAAAUCAAGACUCCAACCACAGGAGACACACGGUCAAAUAUGAGAGUAACAUGGACACCAUCCGCUAUAGAAACAAAUGAUACCAACAAGGAACUACAGAGAAUAGGUAGCAUGCGUGAAACUCCGGUUACAGUUCGUCCAACCAUCCCAAAGUUUGGUUCCAUGCGUGCGCCUAGACCUAAGAGUUUGCCCCCAACAAGACCCUCAGAACCUCCACCUAGACCUCCAUUGCCCACAAUCCCAGGGACACCUGAGUCGGAGUGUUUCUAUGAUGACUGUCUAAAUAUUCAAGAAGGCAGUGCUCCAAUAGCUGAUAUGGAUGAUGAUACUUCACCCUCAGAAAAUAUAUAUGCAACUAUUGAUGACAAAACUCCAGAUAAAGAAAUACCUUUACAAGAGGUUACAUAUGCACCUCCAGACACAGUUGAUAGUAAGAAAGAGAAGAAGUCUAUAUUCUCCUUCUUAUAUAACAAACCCAAAAAGAAAAUGAUUAAGGAUAAAAACUCAUCAGAAGAUGAUACAGCAGCAGAGCCUGUAUAUACUAAUCUUGUAGAAUCACCUCCUGAUGGUGAAGUUGUAAGAUGUAUAGAGGGGGAGAAUGUAGAAUCUCCACAAGCUAGCAACUCUUCAUUAUCCCAUAGUCCUCCCUCUCCUAGUUUACUUGAUAGUAAGAGAACAAGUUGUGGGAGUUCCGAAGACGGUGGAUUAUUGUCAGAAAUAGUUACAGAAUUGUCAACAAGAGAUGCUGACUUUGUUAGUACAUUAGCAAAAAACAAAAAUAAAAAUAGAGACAAAGGAUCGAAGAUGACCAAGAUUAUUGCCUCAGGAUCUCCUACUAGUCAAGAUAGCAAGGCCAGUGCUGCAGUACACAAAGAAAUAACAAAUUCCAAGACAAAUGAUGCUAGUACAGGCUCAAAAGCACCAAACACUGGUGGUAUGAGUAAGAGCACAUCAUAUCCAUGGAGAUCAAAGAAAGUACCUGAUACAAUGAAAAAAUCCAGUACUACUUCUUCAAUGUCACCAAUAGAUGAUGAUAUAAAUACCAAUAAGGUACCUACGUCAAGCUCCGCAGAAGUAAGUGCUCAUAAAUUUUCAUCAAAAAGUGUGCCAAGAGGGGUUUUUUCAUAUAUAAAUACAGGAAAAUCAAAGACUUCAGAAGGUACGCCAACUACAACUUCUACAACCCCAACAGUAACACCUGCAACCAUUAAAUCUUCUUCAAGCAUACUUGAUUCACAGAAAAGUAAAAAUUUAACAACUUCUACCCCUACUCUUACCACGACCACACCAAGAACUACUGUUAGCAACAAUACACCAACAUCAAUGACUUUAGCUGCAUCAUUAGCAGCAGUUCGAGCAGCAGGAGCAGCAGCAGGGGAGGCAGCAGCAGCAUCAAUGGCAACUGGCAGCACCAAAUCAGCAAAAAAUACUACAAAUAAUAUUACUAAUAAUAAAGUUGAAUCUGUUAAAUCAAGCUUCAAGGAAAGAGGAAUGCCAGGACAACCAGUAAAUAAUGUUUCAAAAGCAGAUGUAACUAUCCCAACACCUACAGUCACCACCACUGCUAAUUCUUCUGCCGUGAUACCAAAAUCAUCUUCUGGAGGAACAGCAGCUGUACAUAAAGCAAACCCAUCAACAAAUACUACCAGCAUAUCAUCUGUACCUCGACCUAAUAGACCAGUGUUUCCUCCAGACAAAGUUUUGAUCCCACCAGAUAAAGUUCUUUUACAGACUAAACCUACAGAAAAAAACACAAAAAAUGAAGCAAAUAUCCCCAAAGAAACAUCAAAAAAUUUAUCUACUAAUAAUGAAUCAAUUAUAACAUCACCUGCUAGUGGAAAUAGUGUUGCAAGGGGUAGGGGUGCAUCUCCAACAUCUAAAGUAACUUCACCAGUUUCUAAGCCUGGGCGCUUACUGUCUCCUACUCGAGGCACUACACCAACACGGGGUACAACACCCUCAAGGAACACAUCUUCUACUGGCAGUGGUCGUGGAGAGAAGAGCCGCAGUACCACUCCUCAGCCAGUAGCCAAGAAAACAACUGCAGCUGGAAAUAAGGGAGAUCUAAAAACAGGAAACAAACUAACUGAGAAGCCAGGAAAUAAAACUGCAGAAAAAUCUGGCAACAAGAGUGGCACAAAGCCCACUGACAAACAAGUUGAAAAAACUGGACCAAAGAAACCUGUAAAAUCAGCUGCAUCAAUAAGUAAGCCUUCAAUUGGAGCAACGACCAAACCAGGUCCUACUGGAAUUUCAGCAAUCAAUCGAAGUGGUCGAAUAAGCAAUUCUCAUGUGGCAUCUUUACAACAGAAAUUUGAGAAAAAAGAAUUUGAAGUCCAGGAACCAAAACCAGUUACAAAAACACCGUCCAGAAAAAGUCAAGAGGUAAAACCAGUGGUGGCCCCUAAACCAAAGUAAUUUACUUGCCAUAAUGUGGUCUUUUAUCUUUCAUUAUAUUUAAGGUACAUAGAAACAAUUUCUGUGUUAUAUCCAUACCAGAAAAGGGAAUUAGUUUUAUGGGUCUUUUAACAUAAUACUUAAAGUAUAUGAAUUUUAAAACAUUGAACAGCAGUGACCAUGUAACAAGACACCCAAGUCAUUAUUACCUACAAUAUUGAGCUUAUGACACCUAUGUAAAUUACCUGUUUAUCUUGCCACAAACAUAGCAAGUAAUGCUGUGAUAAUUGUCUGGGACUUAAGUGGAAGCCUGUUGACUGUGGAAUGAAGUCCCUCAUAUCUCAUAACUAUGACUGAUGUGUUUGGUAUCAAGUGAAAUAAAUGCCAACAAGUUUCUCAUGGUGUAUGGAAACUAGUUUACAAAGUGGGACUACUUGUUUGUAGAUCUUCAUUGAUAUACUCUCAGUAAACCAAAGAUAUUUUGUUAUUAUUUAACAGUAUUAAUUUGUUUUUCUUGCAAUUGAGAUUGCAUUUUAAAAUCUUGAAGACUGUGUUGGUGCUGUUUGUGAGCUUCAUAUGUCCCUAGUCUGUUUUGUUGCUUGUAUGUAAUACACAUUUAUUAUUUCUAGUGUCAUUAUAAAUGCAUUUUCAGUACUUAUGCAUUAAAGCAUUUCCAUAUAUCCCAGAUGGUGCUUGUAUUUUUAACUACACUGUACUGUAAUGCUAGACUGAAAAUUUAUGCAGAAUUAAUCUUGACAGAAUCUCAGACUAAAAAUAAAUAGGGAUCGAUAUUCAUAAAAAAAAUCAUCAGUGGGAUGAUGAAAUCCAAUCAAAGCUUGAAGAUCAUUGCUCUACAGUAUGCUCACUUGUCUUAAUCUUAGGAUUUAGUUAUGGUAAUUUAAGUUUUUUAGGGUUCCUGAAUAGAUUGUUUUAAUUUACCUUUUGGAAGACUUGUGUCACUUCAGUGCAUAAAUGUUUUACUCUUCAGAUUUAUUUUUGCAUAUAUUCAUUAGAGCACAUAUCAAUAAAAGAUAACAUUUCAUUGGAUGAAGUAAAUACUGUACUGGAGUUUACUAAGCUGUUGAUAAGCUAACUGUGUGAUGCAUUUCUUCAACUCUUCUAUAUUCUUUGAAAAAUCACAUGUAUCUGUAACAAGUUUAUAAUGUAAUGUUUGGUACACAUAUGCAUACAUUCAUCUACAAAAAAAAAACAUAAUUGUCUUUGCACAUAUACAAAUAUAUGUAAGAGUCAGAUAUCCAGCUACACAUGUUUUCCAGAUAUACACAUAUCUCUGUUCAUGAAUAUACAGUAUACAGUUGCAAACACUUCUGUUAUUACCUUUCUGGUCUACCAUGUACAUGUCUACUGUUCUUUGAAGGAAAUACAGUACUUUUAAUCAUACCCAGCUGACUAUGUUGACAUUGAGUUGAACAUAAUUUUAAUUUCUGUUUGCAGAGUUUUCUAUGCUUAUUGGUGUGGUGCUUUGUUAAAUUAGUCUUCUAGUUUUUAUGUCAAGAACAAGUUCUAUAUUUGUUUUUAAUCAAAGUGGUACCUGAUAAAUUUGGUGCACUUUCCUGAGUUGAUGUAGGAAUUCACUGGAAUUUUAAUAUGAAAUCAUUAUCAGAAUGAAUUUAAUGAAACUGCAAUAUUUAUUGUAGUGUCCAACUGGAUAAACAAAAGAACUUGUACAGUAAUUAUAUUUAUCAGACCACAUACAAUACAACACCAACUCACAUUUUAUAAUAUUUAAUUUCUAUAAAAUUUAAUCUUCUUUAUUUAUCCAGGAUCAGGAUUUUAUCUCUUUGCAGUAUGGUUUGAGAAUGUUUUAUUGUUAAUUCAUGUUCCACUUAUGCUCAUGAAGAGGAAAUGAUUUAUUGGACCAUUGUACAUUCUCGCAGUUGCAUAAUACAGCAUUGUAUUGAUUUAUGCCCUUACAGAUGCAUUAUUAAUUCCAGUUUACAGUUCAUACAUUAUUUUGGUAUUAAUUACUUAAUCAUUCAAUAUCAUACACACAAUCUACAGCAGCAGUGAUUGUCUAUAACAUGGGUUAAGGGAUUGAUUUAUUGGUUAGGGUGAAAUGUCAUAUCUGUUAUUUGGUGCUUCAUGUUACUGUGUAUUACUGUACCAUGAGAUGAAAAGUACAUUGUAAUUAAUGGAACAUCAAAAAUAUGCUAUAUAAUUCCAUCUACAUAAUUAUUUUCAUAUACUGUACUGAUACUGGUAUAUUGUAUCAGUUUCAUAAUUUAUAAUUCCAUGUCAAUUUCAUAUUUACUCUCAUACAUCAGAGUUUGCCACAUUGAUUGUUUUGCAAGAAACGCUUUUCACAGGAAUGUGAUGCAGAAUGGUUAGAUCCUUUUGGUUGUAGUACAGUAUUCUUGUUUUAUUGAUAUUUGAGGUUAUGGUGAAAGAGACAACUACACUUGAGGACUUCUCAGCAGGACUACAAUAUGAAAAUUACAAUCUACUGUAUCACCUUUCUGACUUUUGUGAUUUUUUUUUAAGCUACAGUAUUAUCAACAAAUGGGUAAUUAUAGGAAAACAGCAUAGUGGUUUGUGCCUCCUAUAGUUGAUUAAGUAAUUUCAAAACGUGACUGACGUCCUGGAAGCUGUACAGGUGUAGUUGUGAAAAAUUAAGAAACAAACACUUCAAGCAUGACAUUUGAACUUUAUCAGUUCCCUUUUUUAAGCUUGAUUUAGUUCAAGAUAUUCAAACUAGUCUAAUAAAAGAACUAUCAACUAAACUUUUAGAUGAUGCUCUGUAAAUUUAUUAAGGUUUAGUUGAUCAUGUGCACAAAAUGGAAAGAUUUCAAUUUACCUGUGAAAGCGGACUUUAACAAAACCUCAUUUCUUUUAAUGAAUUGUCUACCAUUUAAAGAUGUCAGACUCCAGUGUGAAGUUUGUCCCAAUGUAAUGGUAUGCACUGUAACAAGUCCGCACCACACAUUCCUUUUUUCUGUUUUGUGUUUGUACUGUAUGCAGUUGCAUAAUUUUCAAAAGAUGCAUAAUAAGUUUAAUACUGCACUGUACUGCAUAAUUUAUGUUUUGUAUUAAGGGUUACAAGUUAUAGAUUUUUACAGCUGUGCCUAAGGGUUCCAUUCAUAAAUCUCACUGUUUGAUUUCAUCUUUUACAUAAUUGAAUGUUGUACAGUAAUUUGAAUUAUGAACAGCUACUCAUUGAUACACUACUGAGUGUUUUAGAAAGAAAUAGGCUUUUUCAUGUGAAAUCAAAGUCAAAGAAUUUUCAUAUUUUUCCCUCAUUUUGUUAUUUCUUGUUUGUACAGUACUAUGAAAAAGCUUCUUUUUUUUUUCUUUUUUUUUUUUGUCCUGUUGCCAAACAUGGCAUAAUACUG